AUGGAAACAAAGUUUUGUUACUUUAACAACUACAAUGUUAACCAGCCUAGACACUUUUGUAAGGGCUGCCAAAGGUAUUGGACCUCCGGUGGGGCCCUCAGAAACGUGCCGGUUGGUUCUGGUCGACGGAAAAUGUCUAAGCCACCUUGCCAGGACUUGGCGGGGUUAUCAGAGGGUUGCUUGCUGGAUGCUUCUGGGGUGCGACAAUUUGAGUUUGACACGGUGGUGAAGGAGAGGCAUGUACAGAAAGGCAUUUUCCGGCAUCCUUUUCCGGCAAAGAGGAGGGAAAAAAUUUCAUUGCCAACAAGUAACAAGUCUUCAACUUUAUCCAAUUAG